AUGAAGACGUCGUCACGGUACCGAAGGGAUAGUGCUCCAGUUCUGGCACUUUUCGUUUCAUUGGAUGUUCUGCGGAACAAAAGAUUCACAUAUGAGGAUGUCGUUAUUCCCAUGCUCGGUUCUCUGAGCGCCAAGAUAAAAAAGCCGCCCCCAGACUUCGCACUUGAGGCCUUCUCGACACCAGUAACCUCACGGCAUAUCGCAUGGAACGGGCUGGUACAACACGGCGGCCCCUCAAUACUUCCUGCCAGUCCUGUCGAGAACGCAAGAUCCGAUGUGAUGCAUGGGAAGGAAAAGCAUGCACCGCCUGUGCUACAUCCCAAGGACCGGAGAUCUGCACGGUCCCGUCGGCGUGCACCUGAUGUUGACUACUCCAAUGCGGCUGUUCCACUUACAGCAGCCGCACCACUAGCUACUGGCAACAACAGCAACAAGCUCCGAACAAGCCCAUCGCUACGUCCGGAACCGGCGGACUCAGGCUCGAGCAGUGAGGCCUUGACCAGUUUUCUGGAACGAGGUCUUCUGUCAGCCGACUGGCAGUCUUUCGAAGUGGAUGGACAAAUUCGGCUGGUGUAUAUUGGUACGAAAACGUCUAACCUCAGCCACUUGAUCCGAAACAAUGAGCGACUUUCAGGAGACUACCUACAUUACCCAUUUCCUCCUAGCAGUAUCCCGUGGAAGCCACUCACGGGCCAUGCAACGGCACCGGGAUUCGACGAUCUGGGCAGCCUACCUACGAAACCCGUACGAGAUGCCUUGGUUGAUACGUACUUUCGAGAUAUUCACCCUGGAUGCCCGGUCAUCGACGAAGAGAGCUUCCGGCGGCAGUACGCGGAUCCUACCGAUCCGCCACCACUAUUGGUUUAUCAAGCCGUCCUACUUGCCGCUGCCCGUAUUUGCGACCAUCCUUUGGUCUCUGCGUCCCGGAAAACGGUGACUGCAACACUUUUCAGGCGCACCAAAAGCCUCUACGAUAUGCGACACGAGAACGAUCGCCUGCAUCUCAUACAAGCCGCAUUGUUGAUGGCUUCGCACUCGGAAAAUGGGGACUCCGCGGGAAGUAACGCAUUCUUCUGGAUUGGAGCUGCUGUACGUACGAGCUUCGGUCUUGGUAUGCAUCGUAGACCGGCCAGCAGACAUCUACCCAUCGCAGAUACCGGGGUCUUCAGAACCUACCGCAAGGUGUGGUGGUCAUUGGUACAUGCCGAAGUAUUUCUCGCCGUUGAUCUUGGGCGGCCAUGCAUGAUUCGUGCUGAAGACUUUGACGUUGGUGGACUGGAAGACGAACACUUCAAGAACGUGAAUGGCUCGGCGGACCACCUGGUCAAUCGAACUUACUGCACCACGCUCAAUCAGUUGACCCUGCUGGCACUAGACAUUCUGAAACUCUUUGGACCCAGAGGGUACGUCUCAGCUGAGCAACGAGCUACUGUUAGCAACCGUUUGGCAGCUUUUAGCUUGCAUAUACCACCACUUCACGACUUUUGGUCCUGCCAACUUCGGAUCAACUACAACCUACUCAUACUCGUCAUGCACCGAGAGGAUGACGCCGCAGAGACUGUUCACCUAUGCUCGACGGCUGCAUCAAACAUUCUCACGACAUUUGAGACAAUGAUCGCUCAGAACACCAUUCGGCAAGCGUCCAUGACCAGCUCCAGUGCAUUGAUGGCUCCAGCCAUUCAAUUCGGAAGAGACGCCAGCCUCGGACAAGCUGAUUCUCGGCUCAUGAAACUUGUCUCAGCUCAUGGUCAGCUGGAAAGACUUGUUGUCGUUGCGGAGAAACUCUCCCAGGUGUGGCCCAGUGUAGCAGCUAUUCAUCGUCUCUGCAUGACCCUCUCCUCGCGAGCCGCGCUUCUUAUCAAGGACAGGGAACAACGCGAGCUCUCUGGGCCGGCCGACAUGGGUCAGAUUGACAUUGCGUGGGAAGACUUCCUUAGGGUCGACUGGGACGCGGCACUCGAGCCAGAGUUGGGGACUGCAGAGGCUUGGAUGACUUCAUCUUCAUGA